AUGCGAGGUCGUUCAGCGAUUACACUUCCCUUUUCACGGAUUCGCCUAUUUUUGCGGUUUAUCCUUGGAGUGCUUAUUGUUUCGUUAUCUAUUACUGCGUCACUUCUUUCCAUUACACUCUUUUUACUACGUGGACGUUUCUCACAACCUUGGAGUAAUUUGCGUGAUAUCUCAAUUACUGAAAAAAAUGCCUUCUCGUGUAAAAUGCAUAUAUCCAGUUUGCUGCGACCUGAGGAGUCUGUGGUGCGGAAUAUUACCAGCAAAUCAUUGAUAAUAGUACGAUCCGUGCUCCUUCUUCAAGAUCGCAGAUUGUAUUUAAAAAUUUUAUUUUUAAAAAAGUGUGAAACGAACAUAAGUGACAUGCAAUUGCAAAUUGACUUGAAGCAAAUUUUAUGUCCGGUGGUAAAACAUAUUGAAAGUGAUAAUUGCCCAUGGGAUUGGGCACCAGGAUGUGCAUGGUCAUCGUUUAUUGCAACUACAAGAUUGGAUUUUCUUAAUUUCAAUAGUCAUACUAUUGGACUACAUUUGGAACCAUCACAUAAUAUCGAGAAUUUACCCUUUGCUGUAUGUAUUCAGCCUCUUUACUGGUAUAUCGAUUGGCUUCAAGUAAUUGAAUUCAUUGAAAUAUGGACAUCUCAAGGCGUUAACCAUUUUUUCUUCUACUUUUAUACCGUUUCACAGCUUGUCAUGGAUAUAUUACAAUAUUAUGAAGCGAAAGGAACUGUGACAUUGCUACCAUGGCGAUCAUUUCCUGUUGGAGAGAAUGAAAAUCCUAACAAAGAUGUUUAUAGGUUGGCGCAUAGUCUUGCAAACAAUGAUUGUUUGUGGCGCUCAAGUGGUGCUAAUUUUGUUGCAUUCGUUGAUUUGGAUGAAUAUAUUCUCACUACUAAUAAUGUACCUCUUAUCACAUUUCUUAAGGGAAAAGCGAAAUUAUGCCCAAAAUGUGGAAGUUUUGCCGCUGUACAUACGAAAAUGUAUUAUUCUUCACCUCGACCUCGAAAUAACUUUCGUUGGCAUGAUGUAAAAUUUGAAUGGUUAGCUAAUACAAGUUAUGGUUUACCUGAAAUAGACGGUCCAUAUAAACAAAUAGUGCGACCGGAAACAGUUUCAAUUAUUUCCACACAUUCAACAAGAAAGAACUUUCCCGGUUAUAUCGAUGUUAAUCUCAAUUCAUCCGAAAUUAUUCUAUUACAUGCAUCCCAUAAAUGGUCCGAAACUAAUCUUCCUCUAAAUAACGUUACUAUCGCGCCACACUUUUUUGCCGAUGCUUUAUCAAUCCUAAAUACAACUUAUCGUGAAAUAGGCCAAUUACUGUUCAGAAAUGAAAUAAUGAGAAUUGAUAGAAUGUUGCAAAUGAAAAUUGCCAAAUGCAUCAGCCAAUGGUAUGCGAAGAAGUGUAAAUCAGUUGAUAUGUGCAAAGGAGAAAUGGUUAAUCAAAUGAAAUGGAUUUAUGCGGAGAAUUUCAGCACUAACGAAUAUCAACUUGUAUGA